AUGAUGAAAGAAAGGCAUUUUCGACUUUGGAAGAAGUUUGCAUGUGCGUCCAUAGUAGGGCCUGUCGCACAUGUCGCCAGCACAAAAAACACUUGUGUUUUGCCCUCUAGAAUGCUUUCAACAUUGCUUGUUCCAACGACAGGGAAGUGUUGCGGACGUCUUCAAGCUCGUGCUCCAUUAACCUACACAGAAAGAGUGAAAUUUCGUUCAAUAUUGUUGCAAUCAAAUAUAACUUGUUCAAACGCGGCUCGGUUGUUGUUUACGACCAGCUCCAGUGAUGCUGUUUCACAAACACCCACCAAUCCUGGACAAGAUACAACCGCUGCAAAUAAAAGAAAUGUAGGCCUUAAGAAUAACACAGCAAAUAAACAAGUCUCUUCUACAAGACGUCCUUCUACUCAAAAGGUACAUUUUUUUUCUAUUGGACUAGAUGCAACUUACAUAACUAUGGUUAUGUAAUCAGAACCCAUUGUCCACAAACUGACAAUGCUCUUUUCACAAAAAAUGCUUAUUUCAGUCAGACUGCUUGCAAAAUACGUUAUCAUAAUUCAUGCAUUAGGUUCAGCACAUGAAAAGUUCGGCAUCAGAAUCAGAGCUGUUUCAAAGUCGCUUCAAAUCCGAAAUUUCUUCCUGGGCUAGGUGGGAAGAACAGCUGAGCUUUUCCAAAUUCUAAUAGCUACUCUUAGGGGGUGUUUACAUGACACCGGGGCGACUUUCGCUCCGGAGUGAACUCACUCCGGUUCCUUCUCAUGGCUCUACAUAAUUGUUACAUGAUACCACCACAAAAUGUCAUGCUGCAAGUCACCCCUGUGUGAGUUCACCCUGGUUGUUGUAGCAGGGCAAGAGUUUCACUCUGGUACAAAAUCUCGCGACGGUAUCAUGUAAACGUGAAACGACUACAAGUUUCAGUGUGAAAUCAGUCUGCUGGUAGACUGGAAUGGUAGCGCAUGUGCAUAUUUGCGGUUUUGAAUCGUACAUGUAUUUUAUCAACAUGUAGUGUACCUUCAAAUAACACGAUAUGAAAUGACCCAGUCAUAAUGUUAACACGAUACGAAGUAAAAAAGUCAUCCCCGUAUGAAACUCGCGCUGGUGCGAGUUUUCUCAUGUAAACACCCUCUUAAUUAUUGGUUCACGUGCGGAGCUUGCUUAUGAAAAGUUCAGCGUCCUGAACCAGGCAUCAGACACUUCAAUAGGCCAGUGAAACAUAGAGCUUUUCCUUCCCCACCCCCUUCAAUCAAUGUUGCUGUGCUGUUCAAGCUAAUAGUGCAAAAAACAAACAACCCAACUUUUAAUGAAAGGGUGGAGGUGGAGUCCAGACUUUUUGUUCUCCAUGAAAUACACCAUUUGACAAAGGUGUCCCAAUAAUUUUGUUGUCAAUUGAAGCUUGAAUCACUCCACCGAAACUCUCAAAUGCAACCUGUUCCAUCACAAUUCAAUCAGUAUGAGUCCUUGAUAAAAAGUCCUUUGGACUUUUCUUUCAAGACACCUGUUCACUUUGGAAGGGGCUAACUAUCAUUUGCAUGUGCACAGAGUUUGUUUUAUUUUAGUAGGAGGGACUUUUUUUUUCACCUGUGUCGCUUCAUAACUGAAAAAAACAUCUUUCUCCAUAAGGUUUUACAUUGUAGUUUUAACAGUAUUUCAGCUCAUUGCUGCCUACUUUUGAACAAAAUAAAAUUGUUUAAUAUGGUUAUCAACAGCAUUUCUCGUCUGACAUAUGAAAAUUAGUAGGUGAAUGCUCAUUAUUGAUGCUGUCCAUGUAUUUUUCUUUGAAUUUAGCUGAGUGGGAGAUCAAAGGAGUCACCAGUUCCUUCCUCCAGAGUUGGGAGACUUUUGAAUUACAGUGGUAUGAUCAUUUAUUUUUGUUUGUUUUCUUUCUCUCAAGAACUGAAGCAAAUUAAAAGUCUUAGAUAAAAAUUGUGAAAACUGAAAGUACUAGUAUUGAUCGUCAUCAUACUUGUAUGUUGUUACCAUCGUCAUCAUCAUCAUCAUCAUCAUCAUCAUUAUCACUACAAAAAUCAAUGAAUGUAGCUCCUAUAGUACUACACAGUAACAUUUAACCUUCAGUGCAGAGCCAUAACCUGAGUUAUUUUUUUCUCACCAAAAUUAAGUUGCCUCAGGACUGUACAAUUUGGGGUUGUAUUCAUAAGAUUUCUUGCAAAGUUGUUCUCCUUAAACAAAUCACUGCUUCCUCUAUGGCUGCGUAUUUUCGGUCCUGUGAGUGGUUGAGGGUAGGAUGUGAUGGUCCUCACUUCUGUCUGAGACUAUUAUUUGUUAUAAUUAAUUUUAUGUGUCCUAGACAGUCUUAUAGGGACUUAAUGGCUAGACACAGAUGCCCUCAGAAUUCUUUAAUCAAUGAAGUAGCUUUUUUUUCUCUGAAUCGUUGGCAAGUGUCGCAGCCCCCUUUUACUAAAUUAAUGUGCUAUAUCCACCCUGACUGUUUUUCUUGCAGGCCUGGUUGCUGGGCUGGGACUUGGUGCUCUUGCCGAGGUCACAAAGCGACAACUUGGUCUUAGUAAGACAGGUAAUCUUGUCUUCUUCUAUCAUGAACAUUUUUGUAAAUUUGAAUAUUUAUUUAUUGUGUCAUGUUAUCUCUUUCAAGCAAAAGAGUGGUAGCUUCAUACUUUUGUUCGAGUGGUUCUGUAUAUUAUGAAUUGUACCCUUCUCAUUGAUGAUGUUUCUUAUGAAGGUACUAGUGUAGCAGACCUGACUGGGAGUCCAUUUUUGUCUGAAGCAAAUGCUGAGAGAAUAGUAACCACACUAUGUAAAAUGAGAGGAGCAGCGCUAAAGUUAGGACAAAUGUUAAGCAUUCAAGGUGAUGUAACAUGUGUAGCAGGCCCAGGGGCCCCACUCACAUAUUUUAAUGACGGGGGGUCCGAAGGAUUUUUUUGGGUCUGACAUUUUGGCCAAAAGGGAUUUUUUUGGGUCGCAAAAAUAACAGAGGGAUUUUUUUGGGUAUUGUAUUUUUCAUCAGCUCAAAUCAAAAAUAACAUAAGCGCAAUUUAUAGUUUUGUUUUUGACCAAAACCAAAAUUGAAGUUGGCACGUUUUAGCUUUCCAGAAGAUAAAUAAUAAAAUUUGCUGAUGCAAAAACACUGAGGGAUUUUUUUGGGUAUGCUAAAAAAAAGUAGGGAUUUUUUUGGGUAGACAAAUUCUGAAGUUGGGAUUUUUUGGGGUAUAAAAUAUGAACCUCUGUCGGACCCCCCUGUCAUUAAAAUAUGUGAGUUGGGUUCCCUGGGGUAGCAGGCAUCCAAAGGGGUAGGGGAUAGGGAGGAACAAAGACAAGGGUGGGAAUUGGGUAGAGAGGGUAAGGGAUGCCUGCUAUAAGAACCCCCUAUAAUUUGUUCAUUUCUGCAGACGGUAGCAUCAGCAAAUUCCUGAUUGGCUGAGCCCUAUUGAGUGAUUUAUUGGCGUGUAUUAGUGAGAGACAACCAUGAUCAUGAUGCAGGCAUCCAGGAAAUGACUAAUGUUUUCUACUGGCAUAAGCUUUGGAAAAUCAAAAUUACUCCAAUCAAGUUGCAACUUCAUGUUGAAACACAAACUAGAACCAACAGUACUAUAAUAGCCUCUUUAGCAAGCAGAGAUGUUCAGGAGGUUUUGUAUACUGGAUUUGUCCAAACACUGAGCGGCGAUUGCGAUUCGUACCGGACAUCUGCAGUGCCUAUAUUCACAAGAGCAGCGGUUAUCAUUAUUUGAAGAAUUUUAGGAGCUGGACACGCUCCUUUUCGGCAAAAGCAUAAUAUACCAUCUUGAGUGAACUUCUAAAUGAUUUUUAAAAAGAGAGCUGAAGCUUUGGUAAAAACUAUCCAUUGAGCUUUUUGACAAUUUUUUAUAAUUCUCCUUCCAUUAUUUGAGUCUCAGAUAUUUAACUCUUCUGUUCUUUGUGACCAUUGUGUUUGAUGACAUAAGACCAAACGUUUUUUGUUUUCACCCAACACUGAUCAUUGUUUAUCGUGUUUGGUGCAGGAGCAGGAACAGUAAAAAUGUUUUAUUUCGCUCAAUUAUAUCAUUUGAAAAAAGCCUCUUGACUUGACAAUUUCCGGUAAACAAAGUAAUGAAGUUCAGAACAUGCUGAGAAGCCCCCUACUUGUGAUUGGUAACGUAUUGAUAGUUGAUGUUAUCGGAUUAGUUGGAAAAUUGGUAGGCGGAAUACAAAAGCAACGGCUCUUAUAGCAGGCCCUUCCUUCCCUUUUCCCUUUCAUGCUUUUCUCCCUCCCCCCUUCCCCUCCCCUUUUUGCACCUGCCAUGCAGGCUGAGGUGAUGUAAGGUCGGACUGAUAACUUUCAUAGUUAAUCUUCAGAUCAUUUGAACCUUUCACUCCCAAACGUGGAUAUGUCAAAGUUAAACAAACAUUCCAAAUUUCAUUUUUUGAAGGGCUGAAAAUAAACAAUGCCAUGUAAAAUUACAUGUAGGGCAAAAGAGGUUUCAUUUGAAUGUUCAUAGCUGUGCAGGAAUUUGUCGGCACUCCACAGACUCGAUAGUAAAAACCUCCUGACAAGAGACUGAAAGGGUUGAAGAGACUCCUCUAUUAAAUGUUUUCAUUUUAGUAAAUAACUUUCCCUGUACAUUUUGUUGUUAUGAUGUAAAAUAUAGUGCAGUGAAACCUUUAAUAGCAAGUGCCUGUUUCUCAAAAGUGCUGGUGAUUACUGAACCCAAAAGCUGCUUUGUUAGCACUUUUAAGAUCAAAGUUUCAAUGAUGUUUUCCAAAGUUUUACAGAUAAUAUGAUAAACCUGUUGGUUGACAGAGCAAAAUAUUCUUUAGAUUUUAAAUUUGAUUUGAAUGUUUGGUUUUGGGCUCGUUAAGUUGUACUGGCACUUUCAAGAAAUGGGCCCUUGGUCCUUCCUUUACUUGCUCAGUGCUUUCUUUUCUACUGACAUUGGUUGUUGUUUUUUUGCAGAUAAUGCUUUCAUUUCACCAGAGUUACAAACAAUAUUUGAAAGAGUGCGUGACAGUGCAGACUUCAUGCCUCGCUGGCAAUUGGAGGUCUGCAGUUUACUUUGUUACUGGUUCUUUGUCUUUUAAAAGCUACUUUGCUUGGCAACAAUGAUUUAUGAGUUUGAAAUGUAUUUCUCAUUUCAGAAAGUUCUAGUGACAGAACUGGGAGCCAAUUGGCGAGACAAACUUUUAGAAUUUGACAUGAAGCCAUUUGCUGCAGCAUCCAUUGGCCAAGUGCACAGGGGGGUACUCAAAGAUGGGCGCUCUGUUGCUAUAAAGAUUCAGGUAUGAAGGGCUCAAAUGAAAAGCACUGGAAAUGCUGCACUUUUUAUUUUUUCAUUUUUAACAAUUCAAUAUUGUAGCUAAAUCGCAAGGCAUCUUGAUUACAAGUAGAGACCUAAUUUUGUCAGAUUUUCAUUUAAGGGUCCAGGGUUGUCAAAAGUAGCUGGCUACCAGCGAAAAUCGCCACCUACUCAGUUGGUAUCGGCCAGCUACUCUGCUUGGCAUUUCUUUAUGGAAGGGAUUUUUUGAAUGAAACAUCCGUGGACUGGCCGCCUACUUUGACAACUCAGCCAUCUACUUCAAAACCUUUUGGCAACCCUAAGGGUCAGAUAUUAUUAUGAGUGUUUUAUUGGUUAAUGAAUAUGUCUUGGCUGUAGGAUGAACAAGAAAUUAAAGUACUGCAUGAUAGCAAUGUUGAGUUAAAGAUAUUGACAAUCAAUCUUCUCAUUUGGUAUCUUUAGCUCUUUGCUAGGACAGAAAGUCUCUGUUAAUGACAGGAAAAGUUGGAGUGAUUCUGUUACUUUAAUACUGGAGUGUUCUUCCUGGUCAUUAAUAAUUGCUUACUAAAUUUUUCUCAUAUUUGUUUUUUGUCUUGUUUACCUCAGUACCCAGGGGUUGGGGACAGCAUCGACAGUGACAUCAACAACUUGAUGACAGUGUUGAAAGUCAGUAAUCUCUUACCUGAAGGUAACUACCAUCCAGUCCUAUAAUUCAUGUGAUCUCCCUGUUUGUUUUUAACCAGGUUAAGCUUCAGCCAUGAGGGCUUCCAACAACAACAACAACAACAACUUUAUUCUUUGUAUGCAGGAGUUGGAUAGCUUGCUCUGCAAAUCGCUGGAAAGCUAGUUGUGGUGGGACAAGACAAGUACUCCUUUGCUCAUGUGAACCUUUUAUACCUUUUUCUUUAAUUUCACUAGGUUUAUAUGCAGAGAAUGCCAUGGAUGUUGCUAGACGGGAGAUGGCUUGGGAGGUAGACUAUCUUCGGGAGGCUAAGAAUGGACAGCACUUUAGGUAAUGGAGCAGUCUUAAUACUCUAACCCUCCCAGAAAUGGCAUAAAUCAAAAUUAGACAAAAAUUCAAAUUUCUUUUUGUAAGAAAAAGCUGAAGAACAAAUAGUACCAUGUGAAAGUACAGUUGCCAAGGAGAUUUUUUUGAGUGGUCACAGUACAGGAUUUUGUCUUCUGAGUCAAAAAUUGGAACCACUUUACAGGAUUCCAUCCUUCAGUUAACGAAGGAAUGGCGACAAUACUCAUGUUGCUAGAAAAAAAUCAGGUUUCACAGUGUUUCCCUGUGAGACAUUGUAGAGUUUUCUUUUUUUUCUCUUACCUAGAGAACUGCUGAAAGACAUGCCGGAGUAUUAUGUACCUGAAGUUAUUGAAGACCUGACGUCAAAGCAAGUGCUAACUACAGAGCUGAUAGAGGGAACAUCACUUGAUAAGAUAGAAAAUCCAAACCAGGAGACCAUUAACAAGGUAUUGUUGGAAUCUCAUAAGAAAAUUGAUGCAAAACUUGCCCUGUGUAAGGUAAUCUCAGGGGUCUAAAUAGGAUUUGAAGUAGCCAUCUGCCCAGCCUUAUUAAAGUAGGCGGCAGUGACAAACGGAAAGGUUGUAAACUAGGGAGGGAAAAGGAGCAAAUAGAAUGCAAAGUACUUGGCUACAAAUUUAUGCACCUAUCAAUGUAAAUCCCGUGGGGGGGGGGAGUGCGGGUAAGGGGAGGGGAUUUGAUGCCUGGGACUAUCCCCGCUGUCGGGCUUUUGAUCGUGUGAAGCGACCCCGGGGUCGGGACAUUUGACUUUGACCGACAGAAGCCUGGUAUCAAUUCAGAAACAGUUACCAAGUCCGUCCCUCGAGGCUUCCUGAAAGUCACUUUUUAUCUUCAAGUUCCCAUCUGAUUGUAAAACUCGAUUGAAAUCGAAUUCCACCAUGAAAGUCAGAGGAUUUUUUAUGGGUCACUGAUCCGACCUGUUCAGACAUGUUGAGCAGAUGUUAUAAAGCAUUUUACGUUUUAUUAAUAUUAUAUAGCACAGGCAAUCUUCCUGGAGUGAUUUUGUUGUUCAAGAUAAGAUAUGCUAGUGGAGAGAGAAAAUACUUAAUUACAGCGAGUAAUUUAAUGGAGCUGCCGUUAACCGUAAUUAAAAGUAGUAACAACGUGUUUGAAAUGUUCUUUUAUUCGUUUUAUAUAGUAUUAUAGCAUUGCUUGUUUAGAUUUUUUUCCCUGGGGUGGGGGCUUUUUUGACACUUUGAUUGACCUCUCGUUUCCCACCCUGGGGAAUUUGAUCGAAAAAUUUUAAAAUUUGUCAAAUCCCCACCCCUUGCCCGCACUCCCCCCCCACGGGGUUUACAUUGAUAGGUGCAUUAGGCAGUGAUCAAUCACCAGGUGCCAGAUUCCAUUGAGAACUCUGUAAUCUGGAUGUCGGAAUCUGGGAAAUUUUUCCCUGUGGAAUCCAGAAUCCUGAGUGUUGGAAUCCAGACUUCAGUAGGCUGUUCACAGUCCCCUAUUAUGAAACCAAGAUGGCUGCCUGUACUGGUAGGUGCUCAAUCCUGAUGAUCUUAUGAAAAAAAAAAGGGCAUUGCGAACAGUCAAGGACUUCAGCUCCAGACUGGGAAUCCAUUAUCCUGCUAACCAUUGGAAUCUGGAAUCCAAAACAAGGAGUCUGGAAUCCAGAAUCUAAAAUCCUGAAUCCACAGCAUAGAGUCCAGAAUUCAAGACUGUCCUGGAUUACCUUAUGUACAGCGCUGUCGGGCGACAAAACUACAGAAUUGAUUGCAUUUCGGGUUGUAUUUUUCACAAAGUGUAGUAGAUUAGAUAACUGAUAAAUAAGUGAAGUUAAAAAUGAGACCGUUUUCUCUACCUUUGUAAAUGCAAGAAAGCUCUACAAUAUGUAUUAUUUAAGUGAGUGGAAAAGUACUUGACUUCUGCUUCUGUUGCUUUCCAGCUGUGCUUAAACAUCCUUAAACUCUGUUUGAAGGAGUUGUUUGAGUUCAGAUUCAUGCAAACAGAUCCCAACUGGUCAAACUUCUUCUACAAUCCUGUCACGGAAAAGGUUUGUCCCAGAAAUAUUGUUAGGAUAUUGUCAGAUAAUUUUCCUUUCUGGCCUCGUUAGCAUGUGCAAAGUACAAACGAGGUCAGAAAGGCUGAUUAUCAUACAUAAAAAAGAAUAUAUUUAUCAGCCGCCAUUAUGAAAAAGGUCUAUCAUGUUUUUAACAGACCGCGCAAUGGGAACGCGCUUCCUCGAUAUUUCUUUCUUUGUCCUACAAAACCGGCGCCUGUUACGCAAACUAGAUAAACUUGAAGAUUAUUAGACGACAGUGCACCUCAAGCUUAACCGAAUGCAAACAGCAAUCCGUUGUAAUCUUCUAGAGUUCUCCCCGUAACAUAGCCUGCGUACAACUGUACAACUGUCGUUUCUGAUCAAGUUAUCAAGGAGCUUAAACGUUUUUGAGUGACGCAUGUCAACCGGAAGUUUACUUUUUGUAUUCUUGAGUAGUGUUUUUUUUCUAAAAUUUCGGGCAAAUAGUAAGAACAAAAAAAGCUUGGCAAUAUAAAUGUGGUAGCGUCGAGGCAUAUUAAAAGAGAAAUGGCCUCACUUCCGGUUGUGCGUUCCUCAAAAACGCCUUUACUGUCGGGGGUUUCAAUAAAAAUUGAAGUAGCCAGCAGGUUUGAAUAGAGUAACUGACUGCGUAUCAACAAGGGACCGUUAGACCCCUUUUUCUAGGGGAAAAGUUUGAAAUUUCAAAGCCCUAAAAUGCGAUUUUCAGCGUUCUGGGGACUAAAUAUGAGGACAAAAGAGCUUGUUUUUCAUUCAAAAAAUGUAGCUUUCAAUUUAUGUCCCACAGUCAAUUCCUACAAGAAAAUGAACAAAUGAACGUACUUUUGCCCCUGAACAAAUUCUGCGUAAACCUAUGAAAGAAACUGUGAAAAAAUGACUGAAAUAUAGCGUUCACAUGACUUAAGCAUAACGGAAAACUAGUGGGCCUUUACGAAAACACAUCUUAAUUACGUUUUCAUUCAAAUUUUAUGAUAUAUUUCUUGUCUACAACGUUAUUCAAACUAGUUGCUUCUUCUUUGUAGAGGGAAGUAGCCGACUUCUCUAAGCAAAGUAGCCGACGCGUUUCGUCGGCCGUUGGUGCUUAUUGAAACCCCUGUUUACUUAGGCUCACUACUGCACGAAAGUUGGAAGGAGAGCAAAAAAAGAAAAAAUGGAAGAUGGGGGAGGGUAGGAAAGAAGCUCCCUUUCUCUUCUCCCCCUCCCCCUUCAUUCCUCUUUUUUUCUCUUGUCCCAACUUUUUCGACGACCCAUACCCUAACCCUUGAUUAUAAACGCGGGUUUCCUCUCAUGAUUAUGCUGUGUCUUAAUUUUUAGAUCUGUUUGCUUGACUUUGGAGCGUCCCGUGCGUACGACAAGAAAUUUGUAGAUCGGUAUAUUAAGGUCAGUUGGACUUAAAUCUUGUCCUUAUCGUUUUCAUGGUCCCGAUUUUCAAGAUUAAAAUCCUGGGCCGGGUUGUUCUAAGCUGGGUUAAGAUAACCCAGGGAUAGUGCGAGAUUUGAAUUCAGAUAUGAAAGCUUAAAAAGCAUUUCAGUUAAUUCUUUUUUACUAAAAUUUUAGUUAUUGGAUGCUCUAAAAAGAAUAAAGAAAAUUAUGCAAGAAAAUGCUUUUGAACUGAUUGAAGAAGAUACCCGAAUUAAAACUUAACUCCGGUUAGCGCUAAUCGACUUUCGAACAACUGGGCCGCUGUUUAGAACCUUGGAUCUUAAGUAUAUAAAGGAGGGCUUCGAAAACCUCGUUCCCAAGCAUUUUCAAUUGCAUUUACUCAGCGCCUCAGUGAAUGUAAUGCCCUGGGAAGGAUUUUCCGUGCCUGGCGGCGCUUCGCGUUUUAAUCCUCCCGUGAUGCCCUGCGAUCUCUGUUUGCCGCGCUUCCGUGGACUCUGGGUAUGAGACAGCCUCAUUCAUACAUUGCUGUGUUUGUAAUUUAGAUUAUCCGAGGUGCCGCCACAGGGGACCGAGCCAUGGUGAUUGACAAUUCCAUAAGACUGGGAUUUCUCACUGGAUAUGAAUCCAAGGUGAGAAAGUGUACACUGAUUAGUAGAGGGUUUGUAGAACAGACACAACAUUCAAGAAUCUAGAGCUUGUACAUUAUUUCCUUAUGAAUUUUUUCCUGAACAUCAAGAGCCAUAAUGGGACGGUAACAUUUAAACCCUUGUAUAUAGCAAACAUGUUACUCUGAGCGCCAAACAUGGCAUACAGCUAGUCGAAAUACAAUAUUUGAUGACCAAUAUUAGAUGCAUGAAUUCAACGUUGUGAAAUUGAUUUCUUGGUUUUCCAAACAUUCAUUCUCCUCCAUGUGGUAGGUGAUGAUCAACGCACACGCAGACGCUGUAAUGAUUCUUGGAGAGCCUUUCGCCAAUGACCGGCCCUUCGAUUUCAACACCCAAGAUACCACGCGGCGCAUACAAGAGCUCUUGCCAAUCAUGUUACGUCAUCGACUAUCCCCUCCCCCUGAGGAAACGUAUUCACUCCACCGAAAAAUGUCCGGGUCUUUUCUGUUGUGUGCCAAGCUCGGAGCAUCAAUUAACUGCAAGCCUCUUUUUGAUGAAAUGUGGCAGAGUUACAAGUUUGAUGAGUAA